AUGUCACAACUUGACGAGUCACUUGCCAGCAAGUGGAAAAAAUUUAAAUCUUUCAACUUUGAAGCAAACACACAAUGGAAGGAAUAUCAAGAAAAUUUAACAUUUCCAGAAAAUCUUUCAGCAGAGAAGAAACAAUCCCUCCUUUCGAAAUAUCAAAAGAAAUUUUAUCUGAAACAUGUUGAUCCAACGUUGAAAUCCUACGAAAUUCCAUAUUCUGUUUCAGAAUUGAACGGAGAUUCUCAUAAUGCAACCAUGAUUUUUCUGCAUGGUUUUGGAGAUCAAUCGGAUGGUUGGUCUCAAACAUUCGACAGAUUUCUUUCGGAUGAAAAAUUCAAGAAAUUGAAAUUUCUAGUUCCUAAUGCUCCUUCACAACCUAUUUCUCUUGGAUUUGGAAUGAGUUUUAAAUCAUGGUACAAUGUCAAAAGUCUUGCUGUUGAAGGUCCAGAUGUCAAUGAAGAUGUUCCAAGUAUGGAAGCAUGUUUUGAAAAGAUUACUCAAUUAAUUGAUAGAGAAAUUAAUGAAUUUGGAGUUGAUCCUAGCAGGAUUAUAAUUUCUGGAUUUUCCCAAGGAGGAAGUGUUGCAUUCUAUUAUGGAUUAAGUUGCAAAUACAAACUUGGAGGAAUUGCAAUCUUAUCUUCCUGGCUUCCUCUUCGUACACAAUUACAAUCUCUUUUACAAAAUCCAGAAUUUGAUUUCAAAAAUUGUAAAACUCCAAUUUUCAUAGCUCACGGAGAUGCUGAUAAUGUUCUGGAAUACAAAUAUGGAGUUUCUAGUAAGGAUUAUUUGGUCAAUCAAGUGUUGAAUCAAGGAGGAGGUUCAGAGCAUGUGGAAUUUCACACUUAUAAAGGAAUGGGACAUUCUUCCAAUGAGGAAGAAUUGAGAGAUUUAGGAAGGUUUAUUGGAAAGGUGUUAAAUUAA